AUGGCAGACAAAGAUUGUGUUGAACACUUACUUGGUUUGGCCCCGAAACCCACUCCGACCUUAUUGCCAAGAACCACACAGACUGCUGCACAAGCUGGAACAACUCCAGCCAUUCCCGCGACAACUACAGGGUUGAAUCAAACCGACCAGGAAGCAUUGAAUGCCUGGCUAAAGAAAGAGUUCUGCGCACGAAACAUAUUAGGCCAAACAAUACCUGAUUCUACGCUGCGCAAAGUCUUACAUAAAGACACUGUCGCCGAAAUGUGGCAGCUGAUCGUUCAAGAGAACGAAAACAAGACCAAAUUAGUCCAGGCCGAACUGAGAGAUUGGUUAGCUGCGCUACAAUGCCCAGAAAAAGGCAAUAUGCGCACCCAUAUUGACAAGCUCAGAGACAUGUGGGAGCAGCUGAGUGCUGCCGGGGUACACUUUAGCGACAAAGAGAAAUUGUCAAGGGUUUCGGUUGAGGAGUAA